UCACGUCACUUUGGCCGUUUUUCGGUCGUUGAUUUUUGUAGCUUAUAUUUUUAUAUAAUAUUAUCAGAAUGUCUUUCAUUGAAAGAGGAUUUUCGAAUGAGGGAGGUGAGAGAAUGCCGCCUAUGACGGCGGGUGAAGGAACUCCCAGAGAUGUGCCACAUCUAAUGGACGAGGUUUCCAAUUUAACGAGGUCGAUAAACAGACUUUUGGAAGAUUGCAGCAUGGAAUUGAAAGCUACGGUUUCUAGAAAACAGUGGAGAAUUGUGGAUUUUAAGUCAGGAAAUCAAGCUUCAUGGCAAACAUCUGUUGUGGCUCGAACCUAUUUUCCAGACAAAGAUUUAGAUGAAGCGUUUCAAACUUUACUCACUACCAACAAAAUGUUUACUGAGCAUCUGUCAUAUUUCUUAGCACUUUUAAAGGGUGAAGCCUUGCCACAGAUAAAAGAAACGUUAACAAUGUCCAAUCAAAGUUCAAGUUUGCAAGCUAAUGAGCCAAAAUCAAAUAGAGUUAUGGAUGAACUCGAUCUGUCCUUCUUGGAUGAUCAAAACCUGCUAAGUACAAGAAGAAGUACAAAAAAUCGCCAAGAUUCUGUAUCCGACGUGCAUCGCUCAUUCACGGAUUUAAUGAAAGCGAAAAUAAACUUCGACACAAAGUUCUUAGGUUUUAAUGCUAUAUUCAAUGGAACAAACUGUUCAUCAAUGGAUUCCACCAAAUGUCUCUGUCAAAUCUGCUCCAAUGUCUUGGGAACUGUAACUGAGGAGAAAAUCAUAAGUAAUUUAACAGCCGGGCCAAGAAGAAGCAAGAGAAUCAACAAAACGAAACGUUUAACUCAAAGACGAAUUGGAAGGAAAGGAAAAAAAUCGAACUUUUUAAAUAAAAUUGAUGACCGUCAUUUAAUUACAAACAAAGGCCCAGAGUCGUUCGCUUAGCUAAUUUUUUUUAUUUACAUUUCUACCUAAAUUUAAAGCCUUGAAUCUUUUGAGAGAAUACUGGAGAUUGGAAUAAAAACGAAUUUAUUUUUCACGAAAUCUUUUAAUAAAUGUUAUUUCAGUUACUCAAAUGUACAUAAAUUCGGCCAAUUAGGCCUUUUCAGCAUUUGUAAAGAACCACAUAUCGACAUUUAUGCAAUAUAAAAUCCUUUUCGUCCGUUUUGUUAUUGCUAUAGGUUGUUUUAUAAGCACUAUUUGACAAAUGGUCUAAAUAAUUAUAAAUCUAUUAUUAAAUGCCACUUAUCAAACCUUAUAGUUCGUUCCUUUUUAAUCUUUAAAUUAAAGAAUCACAGACACGAGUAUAACGUAGACACUUAACUUUUACAUGCACUAGUUUCAGUUAAAUUAAUAACUAAGAAAGCAAUAUUUGAAAGAUUAGAAUCAGGAUGGAUAAAAAAUGUAAUUCAAAUCUAAUCAAAUUAAUUUAAAUUUAUUCAGGCUCGAUAAUCAAAAUCUAAUAAA